CGGGGGUUUUGCUGCCGGAGCUGUCGUGACCAGUCAGCACGUUGCAUCAGAGGAAGGUUGUACCUCCACGGCCGAAGAUCAAGCGGUCUCCUGUCCCGGCGGCCAUGGAACGCAUAGAGAAGCCACGGCCAAAGGCCGUCCCGAAAAAUGGCAUUGCUGACGCGGAGAGAUCACAGGAAAGUGUCCUGAAACCGGCGACUGCCAAGGGGGAGUCCUCGCUGGGGAUGCCUCCUUCUACUUCUUUUGUAUUUCGGGUUAAUGUUACCUAAUACAGAUGUGCUGAUGGAUUGUAUCUCACUACUUACUACCGUCCUGAGCUGGAUGGCUAAAGCAAGAUCGAGUGAUUGGUAUUACUACUGCCUUUUAACUACCAUCUCUUCAUCAAUUCAGCAAAUUUCUCAGGCAAUUUGUCAUGUUUUCCACUUGGACCGACCACUGUUCCGCGCCUUCAAAUCUUAUCGGCCGACGUAGGUAGGACAUGGGAAGCUUUUAUCAUAUGUAAACGGUGAAUGAUUUUUUCAUUAUAUGCCGAAAUGGUCUUGGAGACGAAAAGUCUAGUUCAUCUGAUACCCGCAAGCUGCCC